AUGAAGGCCGCAUUUGUUCUCCUUGCCGGAGCCGCGCUGGCUUCCGCCCAGAACGUCUACUUCAUCCGACAUGGCGAGAAGCCCAGCGAUGAUGACGACCCCAACCUGAGCGCCCAGGGCCUGGAGCGUGCUCAGUGCCUGAGAACCGUCUUUGGUGCCAGUUCCCAGUACAACAUCGGCUACAUCAUUGCUGAAAAGCCCAAGAGUGACAGCCGACUUCGUCCUCUUGACACAGUCACUCCUUUGGCCCAAGACCUUGGCUUGACUGUUGACACAAGCUGUGGCAAGACCAAGUCCGACUGUGUCGCCGACCUUGUCAGUGGCUACAACGGCUCAGGCAACAUCCUCAUCUGCUGGGAACACAGCGAGCUUACCAACAUUGCGGACGCAAUGGGCAUUAAGAAACCUCCUACAUACCCUGACGAUUCAUUUAACCUGAUCUGGACUUCCCCUGCGCCAUACACCGCCGUUACCAGCAUCACAUCCGAGAACUGCCCUGGCUUGGACAGCUAAAGGAGCGACAAAAAAGAUAUAAAGGAAACUGCUCAUGAGUAGAGCCCCAUAUAAUGGCGAUUAUUCGGAGGCAUCGACUUUACAAAAGACUGGACCAAGCUCUUGGCUGACGUGUUGUUGAGAGUUGAAGUUUUGAUAUAAUGAACGAUGGCUAUGGAUCGUCGUGACAAACGGGCGCGAUAGCAAGCUAUCAUACAGGAAGGCCAUGGCGAUUGGAUCUGCGCACGUGUGGCCUCAUACCGCUGUUACAAUAUUAUGGCUUUUCUGGGAAUAUGAUGACAAAGGAUCUCUUAAUUUAGCAGCUUCGGCAUAUAACAAGCUUCCUUUAAAGGAAUAUAAUGACAAAAGGAUCCAUCAAUUAGCACCCUUGGUAUAUACCAAAUGCCCUUAAAGGCAACACCACUAUCAUGGAACGCAUCCACUUGUCCGUAAACGGAUCAUAAACG